AUGCCAGGAGUUACGGAUAAUCGCAAAUCCGUGCUGAUCACAGGAUGUUCUCCCGGCGGCAUCGGAAACUCCCUUGCGCGCGAAUUCCAUCGGAGUGGACUGCGCGUGCUGGCCACGGCCCGGGAUGCCGCGAACGUUGCCGAUCUGGCCGAGCUGGGCAUUGAGACCUUGAGCUUGGUGGUCGACGACCUGGAGAGUGUCAAGGCGUGCUUUGCAGAUGUCGAGACCAGACUCGGAGAUAAGGGUCUUGACUAUUUGGUGAAUAAUGCCGGCCGAAACUAUACGGUACCUGCCAUGGAGGCGGAGAUUUCUGAAGUACGAAAGACCUUCGAGACCAAUUUAUUCGCCGUGAUUACCAUGUGCCAGACAUUCCUGCCGUUGCUUAUCAAGGCCAAGGGCACCAUCGUCCAAGUUGGAUCCGUGGCUGGGAUUAUUCCCUACGUGUUUGGAUCCGUUUACAACGCGUCCAAGGCGGCGCUGCACUCGUUCAGUGAUGCCCUCCGAGUUGAGCUGGCUCCUUUCGGAGUGCAUGUUACUACUGUGGUCACCGGCGGUGUGCAGUCUCGCAUUGCACGUACCGAGCGUACACUGGUGCCGAAUUCCAUGUACGCACCUAUCCAGAGUGAGUUUACACGACGAGUCACACACAGUCAGUACAACGCGAUGCCCCAUGAUGCCUACGCUCGCAGCGUGGUAGCCCAGGUUCUGUAUGGCCCGGCGCCCUGGCGCUGGUUGUGGCCAUGGGCCCGCGGUCGCAAGGCAUGGAUCUGGGAAGGACACCGCAGCUGGCUGAUCUGGUUCCUGGUCGGAGGCUGGGCAUGGAAUGGGCUGUUCCAGCGGGCAAUGACGAAUACGUUCAAGCUGUGGAAGCUCAGGGCGAGUAAAUAG